UUUGUAUGCAGCCACUUCGUAUGGAUAAUGGCACCCAGCACCCUCUCCCUGCAAAUUCUAACGCCCAAAGAGAAGAACAGACUCAGGAAACCUAUCGUAGAAAAACUGCGCCGCGACCGGAUUAACAGCAGCAUCGAGCAGCUGAAACUGCUGCUGGAGAAGGAAUUUCAGAGACACCAGCCCAACUCCAAGCUAGAGAAAGCUGACAUCCUGGAGAUGACUGUCAGCUACCUGAAAUACAGCCGAGGUGAGUACACCCCCCCAUCACCCUCUGCCAAAAACCUACAGCAGGAUUAUUGUGAAGGGUAUGCCUGGUGCCUCAAGGAAGCUCUGCAAUUUCUGUCUCUCCAUUCAGCCAACACAGAAACCCGGAUGAAGCUGAUCCGCCAUUUCCAGAGGUCACAAGCAGUGCCUAAGGACUCUGGUUCUUCUUCUCUACCUACUUCCACCCACCAGCCCUCUGCAAAACAAGCAGCACCGAAACCAUCCUGCAGCCUCUGGAGGCCUUGGUAG